AUGAAGUACGUUAGUAGUCAUUAAUCCAUAAAAAAUAGAUGAAACAUAACAAGAAAAAACCAUUUUCACAAAAAGUGGAAAUAGUUAAGGAGGUAUUUUUGUAAUGCAAUAAAAUAUAAGGGGUAAAACUAAAAAAGUAUAAUAAUUCAAGGAGCAAUUUUGCCAUUUCUCUAAAAUACUAAGAUAGUAGGGGCCAAAGUGUAAAUUUCCCGUUUAUUUUAGUUAUAUUCCCGCCAACACAGAAUGCUGCCAUCAAUUCCUCUGUUAAAAAAAAAAAAAAAAAGUCCCUCUGUUUCGGCUAUUAACAUUCCAUGGGCAAGGCUUGUCGCGAGGCCGAACGGAGGGUCCUCCGUCUUCUCCACGGCCACGAAACUCGCAAACAGCUCCCUCAAAUCCACGCCCACUUCCUCCGCCACGGUCUCCACCAGUCCAACCAAGUCCUGGCUCACUUCGUCUCCGUUUGCGGCUCUCUCAAAAAAAUGAGUUACGCCAGUCGCGUAUUUCAGCAGACUCAGAACCCGAAAAAUAUCCUCUUCAACUCCAUGAUUAAGGGUUACUCUUUAUGCGGACCCUUUGAACAUGCCCUGCUUUUGUUCAAUCUUAUGAAGAGUCACACCAUUUGUCCCGACGAGUACACUUUUGCGCCGUUGCUCAAGGCAUGUUCGAGUCUUUGUGAGUUUAGAAUCGGUCAGUGUGUUCAUUCCCAAGUUCUGAGAUCUGGGUUUGAGUCAUUUGGUUCCAUACAGAUUGGGAUUGUUGAGCUCUGUGCAACUUGUCUGGUGAUGGAGGAUGCUAAGAAGAUGUUCGACAAAAUGCCUCACAAAGAUGUGAUUGUUUGGAAUUUACUUAUCCGUGGCUUUUGCAAAGGUGGUAAUGUUGAUAUGGGUUUGUCCCUGUUUAGGAAAAUGAGUGAGAGGAGCAUUGUUUCUUGGAAUUCAAUGAUUUCCUUCCUGGCGCAGAGUGGGCGAGAUAGUGAAGCUUUAAGAAUUUUCGGUGAAAUGCGAGAACAAGGUUUUGAACCUGAUGAUGCUACUGCAGUGAGUGUGUUGCCUGUUUGUGCUCGUUUGGGGGCGGUUGAUGUUGGGCAAUGGAUACAUUCUUAUACAGAUUCCAAAGGACUUUUGCAAGAAGUUAUUUCUGUUGGGAAUGCAUUGAUCGAUUUCUAUUGUAAAUGUGGAAGUUUGGAAUUAGCGUCAAGUAUUUUUAAGCAAAUGCAUCGCCAAGAUGUUAUUACAUGGAACGUAAUGAUUUUAGGCCUGGCUUUUAACGGGAAGGGUCAACAUGGGGUUGAGUUGUUUGAGGAAAUGUUGAACAAAGGCGUAAAGCCUAAUAAUGCCACUUUUGUAUCAGUUUUGGCAUGUUGCGCCCAUGCAGGCUUGGUGGAAAAGGGAAGAGAUGUGUUUGCUUCAAUGUCACUAUCUCAUAAAAUUAAACCGAAACUUGAGCAUUAUGGAUGUAUGAUUGAUAUUCUUUGUAGAAAUGGACGUACGAAGGAGGCUCAUGGCAUGAUCAAAAGCAUGCCAAUGAAGCCAAGUGCUGCUUUAUGGGGUUCAUUGCUUAGUUCUUGUCGUUCUUAUGGUGAUUUGGAACUCGCGGAAACAGCACUUCGUGAGCUUAUCAAUCUUGAACCAUGGAAUUCCGGUAAUUAUGUGUUGCUGUCAAACAUUUAUGCAGAGGAAGGUAGGUGGGAUAAAGUUGAGCAGGUCAGAGUGUUAAUGAGAGAAAAAUGUGUUAAGAAAACGCCAGGACACAGUGCGAUUGGAUUCAGCUGAUAAAAGAUGCUUGUUGAAGCCUAGAAUUGUUUUAUUUGUGGCUGAUCUUCAAUAUUUGUUCCCCCUCCUGGUGACUGGAGAGCUCAAAAGGUAUAUCCAGACGGAGAAGAAGCAUAAGAAAAUAUGAUUGAGAUUGCAAAAGACCUUUUUUGGAAAGUAAAAAGCAGAAGUUGGGGACGCUUAGUCCAUUAUAUUAUAAUGGUUUUAAAUACAAUGAGUUGGCAGGAAUGGAACAGAACUCGCUCUUUUCUCCGCUUUAGAGAGCCCGAAAGUGCUUGUUGAGCUGCUGACCAAUACCAAAGGUUAAAAGGUUCACGUUUCAUAUUUUGCUGCAGCAAAAGCAAAAAGGUCUAUGACUACUAUUUUCACAUACAAAUUGAGAUAAUGAAUAGUCACUAUAGUAGCUUGAUGGUUUUAAAUACAAUGAGUCGGCAGGAAUGGAACAGAACUCGCUCUUUUCUCCGCUUUAGAGAGCCCGAAGGUGCUUGUUGAGCUGCUGACCAAUACCAAAGGUUAAAAGGUUCACCUGCAAAAAGGUCUAUGACUACUAUUUUCACAUACAAAUUGAGAUAAUGAAUAGUCACUAUAGUAGCUUGAUGGUUUUAAAUACAAUGAGUCGGCAGGAAUGGAACAGAACUCGCUCUUUUCUCCGCUUUAGAGAGCCCGAAGGUGCUUGUUGAGCUGCUGACCAAUACCAAAGGUUAAAAGGUUCACCUGCAAAAAGGUCUAUGACUACUAUUUUCACAUACAAAUUGAGAUAAUGAAUAGUCACUAUAGUAGCUUGAUGGUUUUAAAUACAAUGAGUCGGCAGGAAUGGAACAGAACUCGCUCUUUUCUCCGCUUUAGAGAGCCCGAAGGUGCUUGUUGAGCUGCUGACCAAUACCAAAGGUUAAAAGGUUCACCUGCAAAAAGGUCUAUGACUACUAUUUUCACAUACAAAUUGAGAUAAUGAAUAUUCACUAUAGUAGCUUGAUGUGUGUAUCUUCUAGUCAAUAAUAUGUGGAGACUUGGCUUCGCCCCCCCCCCCCCCC